UAGCAGAAUUGUAUAUUUUGGUGUUUCAGAUCAGGUGAAUUUACAAAAGCAAUUGUAAAAAUGAAUGCUGUCGACGCGGAUGCUCAUUUGUUGGCUUUAAAGGUAAUGCGACUGACUCGCCCUACGCUUGUUGGACUUGGGCCAAUAGUUACCUGCGAACCAAAGGACUUGCCUCAGAGUUUCAACCGACUAGUAGAGUUCGACGGCAUUGCUCGAACGUCUGCUGAAGCACUCGGUGCCGGUCAAACGAUGCUGUUGCCUCAAUCAUUUGGGAAUAUUUACCUGGGCGAAACCUUUUCGAGUUACAUAUGUGUACAUAAUUGCACCACUCAUCCCGUUGAAGGUGUUUCUGUUAAAGUAGAUCUGCAGUCCAACUCAUCGCAAAUCAAUCUGCUGAUGCAUGAAAAUAAGAAGUCUUCAGUGGUUUUAACAGCUGAUGAAACACUCGAUGAUGUCAUUCGAUAUGAAGUAAAGGAAAUUGGGACUCACAUAUUAGUCUGUGAAGUAAACUACACGAGUCCUGCGGGUUUCGCCCAAUCCCUGAGAAAGUUUUUCAAGUUUCAAGUACUUAAGCCACUCGAUGUAAAGACAAAGUUCUACAAUGCCGAAAUGGACGAAAUAUAUCUUGAAGCGCAAAUUCAAAAUGUUACUACCGGCCCAUUUUGUCUAGAAAAAGUUGAAUUGGACAGCUCGGAGCAAUACACAGUUACCUCUUUGAAUACUUUACCCAACGGAGAGUCGGUUUUUACCUCCAAAAAUAUGCUGCAACCCAAUAACAGCUGUCAAUUUCUUUAUUGUAUAAAGCCAAAAGCUGAAAUUGCAAAAGACAUUAAAACUCUGCGUGAGGCAAACAACGUAGGAAAACUCGACAUUGUCUGGAGAUCGAAUUUUGGCGAAAAGGGCAGACUGCAAACAAGCCAACUGCAACGAUUGCCCUUCGAAUACAAGGACCUGCGCUUGGAAGUAAUAGAUGCCGAAAAUAUUGUCAAAAUAGGAACCAUAUUCACAUUCCAAUGCCGCGUAACCAAUACAGCGGAGCAUCCAAUGAAAUUGCAUGUGAAACUCGAUACGAAAGUUUUUCCCGGUUGCCCCUACACGGGAUCAGCAGAUUUUGAAUUGGAUACAUUGCAGCCAGGGCAGCUAGCUGAAUUUCCACUUACAAUUUGUCCAUCUAAAUUGGGUCUCAUUAAAGUAUCCCCAUUAGUAAUAGUCGAUACACUGAAAAACGAACAAUUUAUAAUGACAAAAGUUGUGGAAGUGUUUGUUGUAGACGCUGAUUACCAUCAGGAUGGUACGUUUUUGCUUAAUAAGCUAAUUCGCUAUGAAAAUCCAAUUGAUUCUUUGAUGCAGAAGCAAGUUCAGUUGCAGGUCGUUUAGUUAGACAAUAUAUGAAAUUCAAAGUUUGACAAAUUGU